AUGUUUCUUAUGGCAUGUGCUCCAAAUUAUAUUGCCAUUGGCCUUUCCAACUAUGGUUUAUAUACGGGGACAAGGGUACUCUCACCGAGCUACAAGAACUUCCCACGGAAAUCCUCCUACAAGUUUCUCAAGGUCCGUGCUCUGCAGGGAAAUGAUGGCCGUAGAAGGCUGAUUGACAUAAUCCGAAUCAUCCCGGAGCUGUCAAGAAACUAUUUCAAAAGCGGGUCCAGGAGAGCUCUUUUCGGCGGCAUCGCGCUGCUGGGUGGCUUUUAUGUUGCGCAGACAAUAUCCCUGUCGUUCGGUGCUUUGGCCGUGAACGAUGUUAUAGCAGCAGUUGUGUGUGUCCUCCUGACCGAGUACGUGACAAAGUUCUACUACAGCCGGCCUAAGGUUACCUUCGCCGUCGCGCUCCUCAACAAUUUCAAGAUGGGUUUCACAUAUGGCCUCUUCAUUGAUGCUUUCAAGCUUGCUAGCUGA